GCCUACUUCUCCAAGGUUCAGCAAGGGACUGAGCUGGAGAUUCUCAGUGGGGAGAGGACAAGCAGGAGUGAUGGACAUCAGCCCAUUUCCCAGAUGAGGAAAACUGAGGCCUGGAGAGCUGAAGGCUUGCCCUGACCACACAGUGCUUGUGUCCUCAGUCAGCACUCUGGAGGUGGGGUGAUCUUAAUUUCUUGUCUUCCCUUCCUCACCUGAAAGGCAGGCUUUAGAGCGUUCUGAGGGAUGCCCAAGAAGUUCCAGGGCGAGAACACUAAAUCGGCAGCGGCCCGGGCACGGAGGGCUGAGGCCAAGGCAGCAGCUGAUGCCAAGAAGCAGAAGGAGUUGGAGGAUGCCUACUGGAAGGAUGAGGACAAACACGUCAUGAGGAAGGAGCAGCGCAAGGAGGAGAAGGAGAAGCGGCGCCUGGAGCAGCUGGAGCGCAAGAAGGAGGCACAGCGGCUGCUGGAGGAGGAGGACUCAAGGCUUAAGGGCAUCAAGGCCCCGCGAGUGGCCACCUCCAGCAAGGUCACCCGCGCCCAGAUUGAGGAGACACUCCGCCGAGACUAUCAGCACAAGGAAGCCCCGGACCCAGCCGAGAAAGCCAAGAGCCACUUGGAAGUGCCGUUGGAGGAGAAUGUGAACCGCCGCUUGCUGGAGGAGGGCAGCGUGGAGGCGCGCACCAUCGAGGAUGCCAUCGCAGUGCUCAGCGUGGCGGAGGAGGCGGCAGACAGACACCCUGAGCGCAGAAUGCGGGCGGCAUUCACUGCCUUCGAGGAGGCGCAGCUGCCGCGGCUCAAGCAAGAAAACCCCAACAUGCGGCUGUCACAGCUGAAGCAGAUGCUCAAGAAGGAGUGGCUGCGUUCGCCGGACAACCCCAUGAAUCAGCGCGCCGUGCCCUUCAACACCCCCAAGUGAGCCUGGAACUGCGGGAGACGCCCCGUGGCGGCCAGGGUCACGACCCCACACGCCCUUCCGCUGGGUCAGCUCCGAGGGUUACAGAGAUGUCUGGGGGCCACGGCGCGUGUCCUGGGGGCCAGGAGGCAUCACUGGCCACACCUCCCGCCCGAGGGUCCCUGCUCCAGUGACACCCCUCGCCCUUCCCGCACGCGCCAGUGCCCUGGGGCUGAGUGCCCAAUAAAGGCAGUCGGUGAGGCAGAG